CUGGCUAACCAGCUGGCCGUUGGCUUCUAAUCUUCUCUCUUUCUCUCUCUUUCUUUCUCUGUCCCUCUCACCUCGAUUGUUUCCGCCGUGGGACGUCACGCGUAUGUGCGCGUAUACGUGGGCAUUAGUGAUCCGCUAUUUGGAAAUACCAUGCGCUGAAAAAAAAAAAAAAUCCUCGAUGUGUGAAUAGACGAGAGAGUUGAUCGGAUGAGUGGACCGCUGCGCUUGCGAACUCGUGUGACAGUCUCGUGUGUGACACUGUGUGAUGCAAUUGCGCUCGCGCGUCGAUGCGAGUCGCGCGUUUACGAGAGAUUCGAUCGGUCCCGUGAAAACCGAGCAACACGAUCGAUCCGAUUUAUAUAAAGGAUCUUCUUGUUUCCGAUGAAACGUUACGAUACGUUUAAUAGUCGAAGUACGUGUGUGGAAAAAAAAGUGAACUUUUCAAAACACUCUACUUAGAAAAGUAUCAAUAUAUGGUGUGAAUGAGUGAUUUGUUUAAUAAAUAUAUAAUCGUUAUCAGUGACAUUGAACGCGCCAAUGGCGAUCGUUAUCGUCGACGAUGAAUCCCGUCGUCGACUCGAAUCGCGCCGCGAAACUUUGCCGCCUCGUUUCGCGAGGUAAAAAUUCAGAGGACGAUUUUUCCAUCGCGAAACUCGAACGUUUCGCGCCGCAACUUUCACUGGUGAUUAACGAUUAUCGCCGGCUUCAGUUCGCGAACUAAAGAGUGUAACGGAACGUUGCGCCUUGAUUCGAUUCGCGCGAUAAUUGCAUCGCGUCGGUCUUCGAUUAUAGGCGAGUUCUCAGGUUUCGCCGAAUGUGUUUAUUUGACGAACGUUAAUUUGUCGUCCGAUGUAUCUGUGAUAAAUAGCGGCCGUGUUGCUUCUCGUGACACCCGUCACAAGGUCGUUUACUACGGUUGCUAUUUGGACGGUGACAGAAUCCGCGCCAACCAGGAAAGCAUGCCAGAUGAGUGAAAAUUCGACUCGCGCUUGUACAUUGGAAGACAUUCAAGAGCGGUCCCGGUCCGGAAUACACGUCGUCCGUGACGUGUAUAAAAUCGCAUCUUGCAAGAAACUUUACGCACGCUGGACCGGAUCCAUGUCAAGGCGACGAGCGACGCGUGAUUGGUGGUAAAUUGUCAAACGUAUCACCGCACAAACUGCGCCGCCUCUCUGCAAUUAAUUUCACCUCCUAUUUCACUCAGCGCGCGCGCUUGCCAACCGAAGAAUCUCGCUCUGUAGAAAAAGUUAAUCACGAAGACGAGUUGCGCGCAGUAACAAAACGUUUCAAGUGAUUUUACAAGAACCUGUGAUUUUAUCUAGAUGAAUAGCUUUUAGAUAAGUGUCAGUUUUGAAAUUAAAACUUUAAUCGCGUUUUUUUUAAUAUUUCAACAUUUAUUUAUCGCGCCAAUACGUGCGCGUCUGUUGAGUAUCGAAAUUGAUCAAGUGACGAGAAAAGAGAUAGGAGAUAAUCCGCGCCGAGAUUGAUUUUCUCCAGAGUCGAGAUGGAUCGGAGCUUUAAAAAUAACGCGGACUUCAAGAUGAAUCAACAGAACUUCAAGCUGAGCGACUUCGGAAUCGACGUGAAACCCGGUCAGGAAUCGAAAGUCGCCGCUUGCGGUCAGUACAAGAUUCGGCGUGGUGGCAUCGGCCAUCAGCGGUACGUCGAGAACAACACGCACGUGCAGCAGGUUACGAUGAACGCGGGUCUCGCGAAAGGCGGUUCGAACCUGCUGCAGGUCGUCACGUGCGGUCAUUCCAGAGCCAGCAGCUCAUCGCUGAUAACGGCCAACGGUAGUCGGCACAGUCCGAAUCAGCUUGGACAGAUGCAGAACGCGGCAGAUCGAUUUCAGGAGUCCAGUCCGAGCGGUUUGUCCGGAACCGGUUCGAUGAUGCAACUCGGCUCGUCGCCCAAUUACUGGAAACAAUACGGGGGGCAAGAAAGCGGGUAUGGCUCGGAUGAAUUCGGACAGGACUCGCCAAGAUACACGUCGCCGAAAGGUGCCCUUUACGCAGAUUCAUACUAUAUCGAUGGUAAUACUACAGGAACCGGUCCUGGCGACCCAUGGACGGGUAGUGCCGGUGGUGUUCAACCCCCCUACAGCGGCUACGCACCUCCUCACCUGGCGCAGCCUGCCUACCCUAUGCACCUACCCCAUGACCCCAUGGCAUACUCGGCGAUGUCGCCAAACGGCGAAUCUGCAGCGCCGAUCCUGGGCUCAGCGGUGACCAGUGCGGCUUCCCUGCCGCCGAUGUCGACAUUCCGGGGUAGUGCCGCGGUCGCGGCGAACAGCGGCACAGGGGCGCCGUCCCCGGCAUCGUUGCAAUAUAGCCAUAGUCCUGGUGCACCGACGACCGCGCCCUCCGCGCCCAACAACGCGCCCACGACGAACCAGCAAUCUACAACGGACGACACCCUUGGCAAGACUAUCGCAUCCGUCGUAAGCACUCGAAUUUAUCCCACGGACCAAUCAGUAUCCAGUUAUAGUAGUAAUCCAUCUACACCUGUCAGUUCACCACCACCUUUAACCGGAUCGGCACCGGGCUGGGCACCUGGAGCCGCGCCAGUGUCUCCGCAUUUUACUGCGGAUCCCAAUCGUGGUAUUCACAUGCCGGCGCCUGAACAGCAGAGGCUAGACGAUGCCAUCGGCUUCCUUCGCGACCAUGCCGAGUUGGCACAGGGGACACGGAUGGAGGAACGAUUAGACGAUGCCAUAAACGUUUUGAGGAAUCACGCCGAGAGUCAAGUGGCUCUUCAUCUCGGCCCUGUUGGUCCACACGGCGGGAUAUACUCGCAUACCUCACCACCGCAGUUGGAUCAUUUGACGAGUCCACAUCCUGCGGUAACGGUAACGCAACCUCAGGGUUCCUACCCCGGUCUUACGCCUACGCCUGAUACAGACGGUUCUAUCAAAAUUGAAAGGUUACCUGUGACGAAUGCCAAAUACAUCCCCUUAGAAAAGAGGAAAGAUCCGCCCGACAGUAGUGGAGGCGAGACGAAGCCUUCGAGCAGCGAACUCGCAGCAGCUGGAGUAAUUGGAGCCGCUACUGUGAAUUCGACGUCACAGGGAAAAGGAACGAAAAGAUCGCGUCGAUAUUGUUCGAGCGCUGAGGACGAGGAUGACGAUCCCGAUAUGAAGGCACAAAGGGAAAAAGAGAGGCGGCAAGCAAAUAACGCUAGGGAAAGGAUACGUAUCAGGGACAUAAACGAGGCUUUAAAAGAACUUGGUAGAAUGUGUAUGACACAUCUAAAAACGGACAAACCUCAAACAAAACUCGGUAUUCUCAACAUGGCUGUUGAAGUUAUAAUGACACUUGAACAGCAAGUCAGAGAGCGGAAUCUUAACCCGAAGGCUGCGUGCUUAAAAAGAAGGGAAGAAGAAAAAGCCGAGGAUGGUCCUAAGUUACCAGGUCAUCUUGCGGCGCACAUAGCACAUCCACAUUCUCAUCCACACGCACACUCUCAACCGCCCUUCCCUACAUUACCUGGUCCACAACCUUCCCUUCAGCACAAUCCACCGCAACCGCAGUAGCAGCGGCUCAGUGGUGGUAUCAUUCUGUGUUAAGGGGUAGAUUCGUCUUAAAAUAUCGAUAAAAUUUACGAAAUGUGACUUGCAUACCAAUUAUAGGAAGUUUUUCUGCUUUUCUAAAUGGGAAUGUGUGCAAAAAAUUGUGGAUAUUGCACGGUGCGUCGAGGAGUUAGCAAAAAGAAGAGACGAUAAAGAACCUUUAAUCCGAUUAUUGUUUUUAAUAUCGUGUUUAUUACUUAAUAUAUUUGUAUAAUAAUUAUUAUUUAUAUAUCAUACAGAACGCGCCUGUAGAUCAUAUUUUGAAAUCACGAUCUAUGUAUUAGUUUUAACGGAUACGCAGUAUUGUAUCAGGAGAAGCGGCACACGGAAUAACCAUAAUUUUUUUGCAAAUUUUCUACAAUAUGUAGGUAACAUGGAAGAAAAUUAUAUAUGCUCACGUAAGCAUAUAUAUAUAUAUACGUAUACAUAUAUAUAUAUAUAUGUAUGUAUGCAGGUAGUUUUAAGAAGCAUCUACCCCCUCAAGGCGGCUUCAAAUUAUUUUUAUAAAUAGCGAAAAGAAAAAAAACAAAGGAAUAUGGUUCCUCUCUUUCGAGAUAUAUAACGUGUAGUACGAUCGAGGUUUUAUUAACGGUCGAACUUCGCUGCUGACUCAUGUUAAAUUGCCCACUUUUGUGUAUACACUACUGACACGUUGCGUUUACGUUAUAGUACGCAAUAGCUAGAAAGAGAAGCUCGAGUUGGCGAGAAACAGAGUCACUGACUAAAGAUGAAGAUAAAGGCAGCAUAUUUCCAACAUCGAUCUAGCGUUUAGAUUUAUCGUCUCAUAAAAAAAAAAUUGGCAAAUUUCGAUUGUUAAAACCUGCUCUUAAGACUUUACUCUUUUAAACAGAGUAUGAAUCGUUACUACUAUAUGUAAAUAUAAUGGAUUAUGUCGCCUUUAUGUUGAUAAUUAGACGCUGGCAAUACUGUAUAUAGAAACUAUUAUUAUUUACUAGAGAGCGUUCAGAAAGUGAAUUGAAGAUGCUUUGCGGUUCGUUCACGCUCGCGAGAAACACGUUUACGAGCAUCCAGCGUAGGAAGAAAUUCAUAUUCCGAUAUAUUUGUACCUUUUCUCUCAAUACAAAUAUAAUUUUACUAGAAAAGCAACCACAUUACCGAUAAUGAAAGUACAAAUACCUAGUAAUAUCGAUGCAUUUGUCUCGUGGUGUUUACUACUACUUGGAAAAACUUGAGACAUGCGACAAUAAAUUCUCAGAGAAUUCUCUAUCUGAGAUAAAAAUAAGAAUUUUCGGAGAAUUUUUUGUUUCGGAGAGAUUUGGGGACUUUUUGUUGAAAUUUUCUCCUGGAGAUCUUACAUCAAAACUUUUAAACAUGACAAACUUUUAAAGCAACUGAUCGAAAAGAGUGUUAUAUCUUCAGUAUAAUACUCUUUCAAAACUUUCAUAGAAAAAUGAUUUAAUUCUUUAUUUUUAUUGUUGUAUAUUUGGGAAGAGAAAUAAAAAAAAUGAGUAGCUAUAUACUCUGCCUUUAAAGUUUUAUUAAAUUUGAAUAAAAAUCCCUCGAUCGGAGAAUCGGUAAGAAAGUUUUUUUCCAAGAUUGAAUAAACAUUCAUAGUGUGACUUACAAAAUUAAAACCUCUGUUCCAAACAUAGAAUAUUUAAAUAUAAACAGCAGAUUUAUAUACAA